AUGAAGCUUUCCAUCCUUGCCGGUGCCGCCAUUGCGCAGCUCGCCUCUGCCCACUACUUCUUCGAUGUCUUGGUCGUUGACGGCCAGGAGUCAAAGGGCUACGAGUUCAUCCGCGAGAACACCCGCCCUGAGAAGUACAAUCCCACCAAGUGGAAGAACACCCGCGACGACAUGACUCCCGAUAUGGACGACUUCCGCUGCAACAAGGGUGCUUUCGAGUCCGCUGGCCGUACUGGAGUAAAGGAGGUCGCAGCCGGCACCAAGAUGGCCAUGAAGCUCGGUGUCGGUGCUACCAUGAAGCACCCCGGUCCUGCUAUGGUCUACAUGUCCAAGGCGCCCAGCUCCGUCAAGGAGUACGAGGGUGAUGGCGAGUGGUUCAAGAUUUUCGAGUCGGGUGUUUGCGACCCCAGCAAGGACUUCUUGGGUACUGCUUGGUGCACUUGGGACAACGACAAGAUUGAGUUCACUGUCCCUACUGACGUUCCGGAGGGCGAGUACUUGAUUCGCUCGGAGCAUGUUGGUAUCCACGGUGCUCACGGUGGUGAGGCUGAGUUCUACUACGGAUGCGCUCAAGUCAAGGUUACCGGCGGCGGUAGCGGCACCCCCGGUCCCACCGUCAAGUUCCCUGGUGCGUACAAGCAAGAUGACGAGUCUUUCAACUUCAGCAUCUGGGGUGGCUACAAGGAGUACCCUAUGCCCGGCCCAGCUGUCUGGACUGGCGGCAACAGCGGCGGUGCCCAGUCCCCUGCUCAGACUCCUACCGAGGACACUACUUCGCCCGCGCCCUCAUCCGCGCCCUCUUCUGCGCCUUCUUCCGCACCUGUUGCUAGCGAGGCUGUUGCGCAUAACGCUGAGAACUGCAAUGGUGGCAAGGCUAAGCGCGGCCGCCGUGCUUUCCGUGAGGCUCUCCUUCGUAAGGAGUAA